UCCUUCUCAGUUUUCAUUCCGUGACAGUUCGUUUCCACGUCGACAAGUGAAUAUGUUCAAAAAAAGAAUCGAUAAGUAAAUUAUGUUAAUGUUGAGAACUUUUAAUCGAGUAACUGAAUUCAUUUUUAUUUAUACGAUACAAAUUUUUUUCAUGUGUUUUCAUUAUUAUAAAAUACAUGUCUACUGUUGAUUAGGACAUCAUAUCAUAAAUAAAAUCGGUAUCGAUACAUUAUUAUCUUCAACUGAAACAGAAGCGUCAUCGCAGAGCUAAACGCUCAAGUUUUCAACCAUGUGGAUAAGUUUAAAAAGUGUUGCUAUGCUGGGCGCAUUCAUUGAAUUCAUAUGGGAAGAAAAAUAUACCGAAGAUUCAUUAGACGACGACGUACAAGCUAGAAGCUGGUUACUGAUGGAAGGAACCAACGUCUAUGGUAAAUAUUGGUUCUUCAGGGAGAUACUAAAGGUGCCUUGCGUAUCUAAAUCUUUAUUACACAAAAAGUGCAGCAUGCAAACUAAAGUAAUGAACGAUCCCAUGUACCACGAAGAUCUUCAGAUAACCGUGCAAAUACGUCUGAUUUACAAGCUUCGUUUGCACCUUCUGCCAAUAUUAACAAACUGCGACGGCAACGUUAACUUCAUCGACAAAGAAGGUCAGACAGUUCUUCACGUAUUUUUUCGUUACUACGUGCAAGAUUCAAUGUCAGCUAGUCAAAUGUCAAAGUGCUUGAAACUUGUCCAGCGUCUGAUUAAAUUGGGUGUUUCGAUCGAUUCGAUGGACAAUCAAAAACACACUCCACUGCACAUUGCCGUAAAAUACAAAAAUUACAAAGCUGAUUUAGUUUGUCAACCGUGGCUUCUCAUCUCAAAUUUCACCAGAAAACCGGCUUAUGAGUCUGACUGGCUAACGAUACUCAAUCUCCUGAUACCUAAAAACUACGACUUGAAUACCGAAGACUAUGAUGGUUAUACGUUGCUACAUCACGCAGUGGAAAAUGGCGCUAUUAGCGUUGUCUCAAAAUUGAUUCAGCUCGGUGCCAAUGUGAACUGCCGUACAAAGAGAAAGCGACUGACGCCAUUGCAUCUAGUGCCCACAGAGAAGUUUUACAGACCUUACAAAAAUGCCCAUUCGUUCGGCAAUUUUUACUCCAAUGACAUUGAACUGCUGCUUGCUGCAGGUGCUGAUAUUAACGCCGAAGCAGCAGACGGAGUCACUCCACUAUUACGAAUUGUCGUUUAUGGUGACGUCAAAGAUGUGCGAUACAUGAUCAACCGCGGUGCUAAUUUUCUGCAUCCGGAUCAAGUGUUUGGCUUCACUCCGUUCCAUUUGGCCUCGCACGACAGCAUGAAGCUCCAACUGAUGCUCGAAAGAAUAUCCUCCGAUGUGCAUCAACCGACUAACCGCGGCAUAACUCCAUUACACGUAGCGUCGAUUUUAGGUAAUGUUGACGCGGUUGAUUUGCUGAUUAGACACGGCGCUGAUGUCAACUGCUGCACUGAAAAGUACAAAUUAACGCCUCUUCACUUGGCAGUGAUGAACGACAGUGAAAUUCCGAAACUAGAGUCUCUUGUGGGCGUGAUCGGUAGACGCCAGGCAGAGACAAGUUCGCUCUACGAAUUAUGGAACUCUUUGACAUUCAAUCGAGAUCGCGCGGAUUUGAUCGAGCUGUUGGUGAACAGAGGAGCUAACGAAAAUGCCGUAGAUGUGUUUGGUAGGACGCCGUUAUUUUUAGCGUCACGAUGUCCAACAAACUGUGCUUUGUCGAUACUUUUGAAAUUGGGAGCUGACUUAAAUGUCGAAGAUCAUAAGGGUCGUUUACCUCUACACAAUGUUAUCCGCAAUAAAAAUGCCAAAGGGUUCAAGCAUUUACUAAAAUAUGGUGCGAACAUCAACGACCCUGAUGUGUAUCACAAUGUUGUGAAUGCUCACGGUGAAAUCAAACAUAUUGCACUUAAGUUUGCCAUCAAGCUGCAAGCAGCCGACUUACCCAUCGCUAAAGAUUAUGAAGUUCACCUCAACAAGCAAAUAUACCGAUAUCACUUUAGUAAGUGUUUGGACGAAGUGGAAGAACUAAAAAUUUACAAGAUCAACGACGUUCUUUCAGUCUAUGACUUACUUCACGCAAGUUUAAAAAGUCAAUUUAUUUUUACCAAAAGAAAGCGUAUACCUGACGAUUUUUCGGUAAAAUUCCCAAUGUAUUGUGGUAUUAUUAGGACUAUCUAUAAUGAAUCUAAGAAAAAGUUAUCGCUCAUGGUACGAGCAAAGUUUGCGUGGUAUCAGACUACACAGCUUUAUUUACCAGACUUAUGCGUAGAGAAUAUUCUGUCUUAUCUUAAUAGUAAACACCUGAACAUAUUAAUUACAGGCAAACGAAUGUAACUUAUAAUAAAAGAUCUUUUAUUAUAAUUAAUUGUUUGUUUAACAUCUGGACGGUACGUAAUUGUGUAGGAUGCGAGCAAUGAUAAAGCAUAUAUAUCUGCUGUAUUAUUAUCAUUUGUACAACAAUAAGUAAUAUAAUUAUGUUUUCUUACUAUGUACAACGUCUAGUAUCUCCUUGUGUAGAAAGCCUUCUAUGGUCUGCUCACGAAAAUUUUAAUCAAAAAAUGUUGGCUUUGUGGUAUGAUAAAAACACAAGCCCUUAAAUAAAUUUGUUAUUUAGUAAAAAAAAUACACAUUUUACAGUAUUUAAACAAAUACAAUUCAGUAGAAUAUAAUUCAAAGCAGGCUUUUACUAAUAAUUUCAAAAUAUAACUUCUUAAAAUCUUAAAACGAUUAAUUAACAGCAUAUUAUUCAUAUUAAUUACUCAUAAAUUUGUUGUUAAAAUAUAAAUCUGACACUCCUAGAUAUGUAAUACGAAUAUUUCAAAUUAUACGAAAACCAGUCACAUUCACAAUGCUGGUUGUCGGCGAAUCAUCAUUUUUUUUAAAUAGAAAAUGGGAAUAGGAUAGGAUUUUCAAAAUUAAUUUUCUAUAUAUAUUCAUAUGUAUGUAAAGCAAUUGAAAGCAAUUGCAGCAUAUCCACAAGGAUUGAUAUAGUUUCUAGUCAGCUUUUUUAAGUAUCUAUCUUUUUUCCCGUUUUCCGUUGUGUGCACGAUCAACUAUCGAUUCGAUUUCAAUAAGGAAGUGAUCACUGUUUAUGGCCUUCUCAGGAAUUCUUUAUUAAACAAUAUAUAAAUGUGCUAGAAUAGACAAUGGUUACUAGUUCCAACACAUAUUGACAUCUAUCCAAAUCAUAAAUUUUAUUAAGAUAAUAUUAUUAUCCUUAUAUAGAGAGUAGAAUUAUAACAAAAAUUAUUUCAGAAAUGAUUUAUAUUAACAAUUUUAAUAACACGAUUAAUAGUAGCGAAGAUAUAAAAUUUAGUAAAUAAUACUCACGAAUUAAGAACAUUUUAAAAAAAUUAUACAAUCAAUAGCUUAUAUAUUCUAUACUUCAAUUUUAGUACGUUCAAAAACUUCAGCAGUCUCUGUUACCAUUCGGGCCGCUUUGUAUAUAAUAGCAAAAAUAUUGACUGAUUUUAUUCUUGAUUUGUAAAUCUAUUAUAAGUAUAAUGCACUUACAUAUUUAUGUUUGAUAACCAUUGUCUACUUUAACAUAUUUAUAUAUUGUUGAAUAAAGGAUUCCUGAGGAGGCCAUAAACAAAUGGCGAAACGUCGAAAUUAAUAAGUUGGUUAUUUAUACCAUCUUCGGGGAUUUUCCUACAAGAUUGUACUUUUACAAUUUUUAUUUGAGACAUGGAAAUAACAACAUAAUACAAGACUUUUACUUUUAAUGGAAAGGUAAUCAUCAACAUUUAUAAAGUUUGUAUAUAUUUCUCAUAUCUGCGUGUGAAAUAUUGUCUGUACUAUAAAAUUAAG